GGCCCUGUUUUGGAGAGGGUGACUUGGCGCGGGCUGUCUCGAGAGAAGGCGUUUCCUCCAUUCUUCAGGUAAAACACGAAAGCUCCUCUUUGACGCCAAACAAGGGUGUCAGGUCGCGUCUGUUGGUAACACAUUCUGCAGCAAUGGCUUCCGUCUGCACUGCGUCCGUGUCCCAGGCCGCCGCCCUGUCUUUCGGGGCCACAAAGGCUGUGCAGAAUGUGCAGUCUGGGAAGCGUGCAUUCCUUGGACAUAGGGUGUCGGGCCUGUCCGCCCCCAGGAAGCUUGCAGUGAGGAACUUCUGCGUCAGGGCAGCAGGCGCCGCUCCCAAGCAACAAAUCGUGACCCCCAUCAACAACGACCCCUUCAUUGGUUUCCUCGAGACCCCCGUCACCUCCACCCCCGCCGUCACCUGGUACCUCUCCAACCUCCCCGCAUACCGCAUCGGUGUCGAUCCCCUGCUCCGGGGAGUUGAGAUUGGUCUUGCGCACGGUUUCCUGCUCGCCGGGCCUUUCAUCAAGACCGGUCCCCUUAGGAACACCGCCGUGGCCACCGAGGCUGGUUCCCUGGCCGCUGGCGGUCUUGUAGUGAUCCUGUCCAUUUGCUUGACGAUCUACGGGCUCGCAACGUUCCAGGAGAGCACCCCCGAGGAGAAGAAGUUGACGCUAACGGGCAGGAAGCUGGAGUCUGACCCUCUGCAAACGUCAGAGGGGUGGAGCCGGUUCACGGGCGGGUUCUUCUUCGCCGGCCUUUUGGGCUCUGGCUGGGCUUACUGGCUGCUGACCAACUUUGGAGAUGCUUACCCUGUAUAAAGGAGUUAAGAGUGGGCGGCCUGUGUUGGCAGGAGGGGUUGCAAGCGCGUGGCAUAAAGAGCUAGGCAGCUAGUACGAAACCAGGUCGUUAUGUACAGCAUCUUUCCCCCAUGGGAGAGCUAACGGCACUGAAUGAUACACGCGGUUGUUGACCCGGGACUCAGUGCUGACAGCUGGUGGCCCAAUUUUUAUAGUUGACCGUGACUGUCCAUUGAUUCAGGCUGGUUUUCACACAUGUUCAUUGUCUGAUUAGGGGCUCUGCAGUCCGCUGCCAUCCGUUAUUCUGCCCAGUGAUUCAUGUGUUGACGAAUUGCACCGUGGA